ACAUUUCAUACGCUGCAGUCAGUGGAGCAUGGCAGACUGCGGGUGGUGGGGGGGAGAUAGUUCAGCCUCGACUUUCUGUACUUAACUAAGAAAAUGAGAAACUGUCAUGCAAAUAGAAUAAUGACUAUUCAUGUAGUCGUAUCUCGCCAUCCUCUGUCAUCAACCAUUUUGUGAGACUCUCAGCGCACUUUGAUCCAGUCAUCGGCUGUCGUCUGAGGAGGAUGUCCGAGAAUAUCUGGCUCAAAUUCUUCUGGGUGUGGGUGGUAGCUGGGAUUGUUUUUGCGAGUUUGGUGAUCUGCCUCAUCUUCCUUCUUAUCAACAAGUGCAUAUCCAGAUCAGGCAAACACAGAAUCUCACAGCUCAACAGAGGAAAUGGCUUCAAAAUCGAGAGCAACAAAUACCAGGAGAGGGACUUCAAAGCUGAUAUUCCACCUUUACCUCCUCGGACACAGUUUCUCACACAAGCGGCUCAAAGCUACGAGAACCUGGCUGAGGUACCCGACUACGAGCAGAGCGUGCCCGAUUAUGAGCAGGAUGUGGGCGACUACGAGCAGUGUACGCCCGACUACGUGGAGAGCACGCCCGACUACGUGGAGAGCACGCACGACUACGAGGAGAGCACGCCCGACUACGUGGAGAGCACGCACGACUACGAGGAGAGCACGCCCGACUACGUGGAGAGCACGCCCGACUACGUGGAGAGCACGCCCGACUACGAGGAGAGCACGCCCGACUACGUGGAGAGCACGCCCGACUACGAGCAGGACUUGCCCGACUAUGUAAAGGUAGAUGAUGAGGAGAAGAUUCUCCUGUCUCCUCCACCAUACCAGGAUCCAGAUCCAUCAGGGGACAACACUUCCACAGAGGACUAUGACGACAUAGGUGAAGACCAGGGUGAGGAGGACUACGAUGACGUGGGAUAAGACCACGACAAAACAAGACACUUUUGACCUUCUUAUCUGAGUCCUGCUGAGCAGAGAGAUCAGAAAGACUUUAACCCUUCCCACAGAUUUCCUUUCGAUCGUUGGUAUUUUUUAAAAUAUUAUUUGUGAAAAAGAAAAUGAAGUUAUAUGUGCUGUAUGUGCAGAGAAAAGCACAGAAAUCAGUACUGAAGAGGCAGAAAACUGUAAGUGGUAUCCAGACAACUGAGGCAGAAAGGUUUGAUUCUACUUCUGUAAUCUUUAGCUAAUUUAUUCUAGCUUUAUUUUAAUUUUCUUUAACAAUUAAUUAAUAGAUACGUGAUUAACAUGAAGGAAGGACAUGUGAGACGUGACAAGGCAACAUAGAGAAACAAUGACAGACAAAAAUAAUAAUAACAAAUAAAUAAAUAUAGUAGAAAUAAGGAGAAACAAAACAAGAAGUAACUAACUUCAGGCUAAGUACAGAUAUGAUUACAUAAUUAACAGGAGGAACCGGAGUCGUAACUGAGAUAAGAUGAAUAUAAAAUGUUCUUAUUGUUUGUUGUUUAUUUCAGCUUUAACCAACAUUGUUUACAGGCUACUAACUGUCUAUUUAUAGUUAUAGAAGUGGCCAUACUGGACAAUCAACUAGCAGUAAUCUGACGCAUGUACAUAGUUUAAAUAUUUGUGGACUAUAGACGACAUCUAUGACUAACUGAUCAGACAGAUGUUGUCUAUCAAAAUAAAAGUAUACUUUAAAUGUAUUUUGAUUUAAAACAAAUUUUUUUCAAUCUGCAUAUUUUUUUAAAGAAUUGUUUGAUGUUUUUUUUAAAAUAUGCUUAUUUGCUUUCGUGCUGAGAGACAGUGAGAGGAUUGUCAGUAUGAAGCUGUUGCAGGGGUAAACAGCUAGCCUGGCUUUGUCCAACAUGUUUAAUGUCGUUUAAUCUGUACACGAACAGAAAUGUAUUUUUUAAAGCUUUGAAAUGUGUAUUUUGUUAUCACUUAUAACAUAUUUUUCUUAUUGUCAACAAAUCACAUGAAUCAUUGAGGCGCACUGUUGCACUGGGUGACCUUACAAUUAACAGGGCUGUGGUUUAUUUUGAGCAACCUGCUGUCAGAAAUACUCACCAGAGAAACAGAUGUGUAUUAAUCCGCAGCUGAAAAUAGUCCCUAACAAAUGCACUAACUACUCCUGUUUGAGAAAACCUAAACUGCCCCAGUUUUUUAGGAAAUUAUUUGGUAUUUUGUUUAGAAAUGAAAUUGAAAUGAAAAUUUUGUGACACAGUUUUAAAACUUUUACAUGUACAUUUAGAGGCGUAGACCAGGUAGAGAAGUCAGAAAGUACUCAAUGACAGUCAUGGUUUUCACAUGUUUUGGUGGGAUUUGCUGACAAUAACAAAAAUAUAGAAUAUAGCCUGUUGCUAAAGCCCAGUUCAGACCAAAGAUCUGCAAACUGAAACUUGCAGCUACUUACUGUGCAAUGCCUUCUGAAACCCCGUCAGCUCACACCAAAGCAAUUAGAUAUAGCAACAACUGUCUGUACUUCCGUCCUAACUGCUGUUUUAUCAGGGCUUUUUUUUUUUUUUUUUUUUUUUUUUCUGGCUGGAUAUAAUUUGCAGCAUCCUCAAACAUAAAAUAAAGAUAGUGAUAGUUGCAUUUUAUUGAUAAAAUUAUAAAAACUCUCAACAGGGUUGAGAACUUGAAGCCAUCCACAGGUGCAUGGGUAUAUUUUAAGGCUUUGUGUCAAAGAAAUUGAUGAGGUAAUCGUCUCUUUUGCCUCCGUCCAUAACUCUGCCAUUUCAACCACACUGACAGUUUGUAACUGACUUGAUUAGCUGACUUUGUUACAAGCUGAUUGGCUGUUAAAGCAUGUGACGUGCGGAGCGUGACAGCCUAAAACCAGCCACUGGGUUUCAUCAGCUAAUCACUAUAAUGUGCUUUUGGCUUUAUCUGAGUUUUAUUAGUAGAACAGAUGCAGGUCAGCAUUGUGAAUUAGUGAUGAAUCACCCUCAUGCAUGAAUACAUCAAUAAUAGCCAAACUGUACGUAUGACCCAUGAUGAUCAAGAUAUAGAAAGACAGAAAUGCAAGACAUCUGCUAGUCGAGAGCAUCUCUGAGUCAUCAGCUACAUCAGUGUUAUUCUUUUAAAUUUAAAAAACGAAACAAACACCUCCGCAGACCAAACUCCAUUUAAAAAUCUGCCACUUUAAUACUAACAUGCAUGCUGUCAAUCACAUCUUACUAAAGUUGAGAGUUUCUCAUAAUUGCAUUAGCUCCCCUGUAGUUUGCACCCUGUUUCUCUGUUUGUAUAAAUCUGAAUUCCUGCCCCUGACAAAUAUAAUUUAAAAAAAGUAACACUGAAACUAAUAAAAAACUAAACAAAAACUGAACGUUUUAAAGAAUAAAAACUAAAAUGAAACAAGCAGACUAACUCAAACUGAACAGAAUUGAAAACAAACAUUUAAAAUAAAUAAAAACUAAUGCAAAAUACAAAA